AUGGGCCUCCCGAAUGUUAAACCCUAUUUGCUGAUGCCCCUGUUGUUCGACAGAUGUGUUUCAGAUGCCAUUCAGCCCUUGUUGGCUGCUCUGCCUUACGAGCCGAAUGGAUGGGACAUCAAGUUCUUGAGAAUGCUUGCAAGGAACGGUUGCUUUUACUCCGCGGGCCAGGAAGUCGUCAACCCACUCAGCAAAGCGUCAGGUACCUUUUGCUUUGCUGGUGACAAAACUGCCUUCGGGUUUGAAUUUGUAGGUGUAGAGACGCUUUUCAGCACUCCAUCGCGAAUUACUUGCAACGAGAAAAGAUAUGAUUUACCUUCCGAGUCACGCACAGCAAGGCGUGGCCCGAGUGCUUACUAG